AUGAGAAUCUUGGCGGUAUGUUUGGUAAAACUCUGCAGUGCAGGAUGCUUUGACAAGUUAUGCUUUUGGAGAAGUACUGGCAUUACCCUAGAUCUUUCUAAUAUAGAUGAGACAAAGAUAGAUGUUUGUACAUGGUACAGUGGUGCUUUUGAGCAAAAGAUCUACCUUCCAAAGGAUGGCGGUAAUCUAAGAUCCAUCUUGGAUGGUGGAACUUCUGUUUGGACCGCUGGAACUGGAGAAGUUUCUGGGUUUGUACAAUCUUAUGCCAAGGAUAAUGUAGAACUUCUUUUCGUAGGAAUAAAGAGUGGUGGUAAUAAUACUACUUACUAUGCCAAGAAUGUUAAUCGUAGUCCUCCUUGGUAUCCACUUUCUGGAACUUCUGUUUGGACCGCUGGAACUGGAGAAGUUUCUGGGUUUGUACAAUCUUAUGCCAAGGAUAAUGUAGAACUUCUUUUCGUAGGAAUAAAGAGUGGUGAGAAAGUUACUGACAAGUUCUUUGAGAAGAAUGGUGGAGCAUGGAAGGAGCUCCAACAGGAUGAGUUUAAUGGGAAGCUUGCGACACUUAUGGGAGAAACCUUAGAUCUCUCCAAACCAGACAUGUCAAAGGUAAAGAUAUCUGAAAAGGCAGAUAAGGGAGUUGAGAAGAAGGAAUAUCACCUUAAAGGAAGAUUCAGAAUAACUUAUGUCAUUGACGGCAAACUGUCGAUCUGGACCGUCCCCAAAAAUGAAGAGUUUGUAUUCGCAGAAGUGUCGUCCAAGGGAGACUCUUCUCUACUUUUACUCUCUCUUACGAAUUGUGAUAAGUACUUUGAGAAGAGUACUUACGGAUGGAGAGACAUUGAUGAGGAAGAGUAUAAGAGUAGGCUAAAUGAGAUGAAGGCUAAGCCUGAUCUAAAAUCCAAGGUGGACGGGUCACUCUUUAAUGUAGAUGAAACAAAGGAGGAUUGUAUUAAGGUUCUAAAACUCACAGCUAAAGUCGAUAAAGCUGCUGAGCUCAAGUAUGAUGGUAAGGACGUCUGGACAUCUCAAAAUGCUGGUGACUCAUGCUUGGUAGCCACUUUAUACUUCGGACAAGACAACUACCCCGUUGUAGCCACGUUUAGAUUCAAGGACGAGUACGGCAACAAGUGGGCAGGUUACCGUAAAUUUGCGGAUGGCAAGUGGAUUCCGGUCAACAAGAAGACCUUUGACGAACUACUCGCAAGCUCAAGAUCAUGA